AUGCUAAAUCCCCGAGUUCAGUUGUCGGAGCUCGUGCGCGAAUUCGGAGAUGACAUCUUCAUGUGCAAUGCGACGACGCUGAUCUGCACAGCGUGCAAUAAGACAUUUCCGAACGCCAGACGCUUCAACCUGAGCCAAGACUCAAGAACAAGCUCGCACAAGAAAGCAUUGGAGCGGCUGCGAAGACGACAGGCAGAAGAAUCGCGUUUGCAGGCUGCAAUCUGUUCGUCCGAUUUACCAUCCUUCCCCAUGGAACUAUGUGACGCCUUCUUGGCUGCGGACAUCCCUCUUUUCGAGCUUGAAAACCCGAUCCUGAGGACUUUCUUGGAGAACACCACGACGAAAUUGAUCCCGAACGAGUCUAGGCUGAGAAAUUUCCACGUCCAUGAAAUCUACCAGCGGAAAAUGCAGAUUAUCCGAGAAAGCAUCGGUAGUUCGAGCAGUCGGAUUUCGAUAGACGAAACCAUUGACUUCAUGGGAAGAAACUUCGCUCAUGUACUCAUUGGUUCCUUGAACAAAGAAACUGCCGGUCUUCCGUACAUCUCCAAUUGUGAGAUUGUCGAUGGGACCAAUGCGCAUACGGUCUUGAGAGUCUUUUACAGGAGGGUGGAGGAUCUAUGGCGAACCGACGUUCAACACGAGCGAGUUCUACUGUUUGUAGCCGAUGCCGCCCCAUACACGGUGGCUGCCGCGCGAAGCCUGAAGGUGCUAUUUCCAAAUAUGAUCCACAUAAUAUGCAUCGCCCACGCGAUCCAUCGGGAGGCGGAGCAGGCGCGGAAAAGUUUCCUAAAGGUGGAUAGAUUGAUUUCGACACUUUAA